UUCCAGGCCUUCUGAUGCUCAUGUCUGACACAGCUGGAGAGGAGCAUGUCCAUCUUUCCAAUGGCAGCAAAAAAUCCACCCUCCACAAGAGCUCUGGAAUGCUGUGAAGACUCCCUGCCCAGGCACACUCCUCUCCGGAUUAUCUCCAUCCCAAGGAAGCUCGUAUCCAAGAGAGUUCCCGGUCUUCCACCAUGAAUCCUGUUUACAGCCCCGUCCAACCUGGGGCUCCCUACGGAAACCCGAAGAACAUGGCCUAUACAGGUUAUCCAACAGGCUAUCCCACUGCUGCUCCAGCCUACAAUCCCAACAUGUACCCAACCAGCAGCCCCGGCUACGCCCCAGCCACACUUCUGAUGAAGCAGGCCUGGCCCCAGACCUCCUCGUCCUGUGCCACCGAGGGCACCUUCCACCUCCCGGUGGACGCUGGCACCGAGAACAGAACCUACCAGGCUUCUUCUGCAGCUUUCAGGUACACCGCGGGGACUCCCUACAAGGUGCCACCGACCCAGAGCAACAACGCCCCUCCUCCCUACUCGCCGUCUCCAAACCCGUACCAAACCGCGAUGUACCCCAUCAGAAGUGCCUACCCACAGCAGAACCUGUACACCCAGGGAGCUUAUUACACCCAGCCCGUGUACGCGGCCCAGCCCCACGUCAUCCACCACACCACGGUGGUGCAGCCCAACAGCAUCCCCUCUGCCAUCUACCCGGCCCCGGUGGCCGCGCCCCGCACCAACGGCGUGGCCAUGGGCAUGGUGGCUGGCACCACCAUGGCAAUGUCAGCAGGAACCUUGUUGACCACCCCCCAACACACCGCCAUCGGAGCACAUCCAGUGUCCGUGCCAACGUACAGGGCUCAAGGAACCCCCACCUACAGCUACGUACCUCCACACUGGUAAACCACUGGCCAACCAUAUCCGGAGUCAAACAUUGUAUGCAACUACACAAGUCUUACAUCGGCGCUGCGGCCGCUGGGCUGCAGCGCCUCGUCUGUUUGCAAGAACAAAAGAAAAAAAAAGUGCAAGGGUCACUUUAUGCAUUCUUUAGUGGUUUUUGUAAAAGCUGCUUUUUCUAAUCUUCUGCCUCUUUUUUUCCCCCCUUCCUCCCCCUCCCACAUGAAUUGUGUAACACACAUACUGACACUGAGCAAUAGUCAAGUUCUCUCUUCGGUCCUAUCAUUUGAAAGCUCAGAAUCUUCACUUUUCCAGCAUUGCCCAGCUGAGUGGUGCAGAGAUCCCCCCACUUCUUGUUCGUUUGGGUUCUUUUUGUUAUUUUUCUGUUGUCGUUGUUGUUGACAAGAGCCUAGAUUUUUUUUGGCUAGUAAGAGUGGUUGAUGUUCAGGGUACUAUGUGAAAAGCACAGCGCUGGUAGGCAGGCUUAUUCCGAUUUGGUUUGGGUAUUUUUAGUUGAAGAAUAUAAAUUAUUCAAUCUUUCAUAACAUAUUACAAGAAAAUUGGUGUCUUCCAGAUAGCUGUCGUGAUAGAUUAUAAAUGCAUUAUCUGCAGUGGAAUUCUGAACUCAUCCCUUCUUUUUGUAGGAGUAAGAGAAUAUAAAUAUAAUUAGCGACGUAACACACUUGUCUUAGGAAGCACGAGGACUGGUCACCAGCGGGUCUUUGGUCUGCUUUUUCCAACUGGGCACAUGGAUCAUGGGUGAUGGGAAGGGAGCAGCAGGAGGAUGCAUGCCCUGGGAGCAUCUGGAACCCCUUGGGAAAGCGGGAUGCUCCCCCUCAGCCACGUCCUGGGGCAGUGUGAGGGAGAAGGAGGCUCCUUCCCUUGUGGCUGCUGUUUGCAGGCAGAGAUGUGCUGGGCAGCUGCUGAGGGAAGCAAGGACAUGUCCAAAGAUUGGGCUGGAGAGCUCCAGGUCCAAGGGUUGAUCUGGAGAGCUUCUCUCAGUUUUAGGUUUGGUCUGAGGAGCUCCUCCACGUCUAGGGUUUGGUCUGAAGAGCUCCUCCAGGUUCAGGGUUUGGUCUGAGGAGCUCCUCGAGAUUUAGAGUUUGGUCUGAGGAGCUCCUCCAGGUUUAGGGUUUGGACUGAGGAGCUCCUCCAGGUUCAGGGUUUGGUCUGAGGAGCUCCUCCAGGUUUAGGGUUUGGUCUGAAGAGCUCCUCCAGGUUUAGGGUUUGGACUGAGGAGCUCCUCCAGGUUCAGGGUUUGGUCUGAGGAGCUCCUCCAGGUUUAGGGUUUGGACUGAGGAGCUCCUCCAGGUUUAGGGUUUGGACUGAGGAGCUCCUCCAGGUUCAGGGUUUGGUCUGAAGAGCUUCUCCAGAGUAUGGUGGUGUGGGAAAAGAGGGCGUCUGGUUGAUGGAGAUGAGUCUUCAAGGCAGGGUGAAGGCAAGGUGGGUGGCUUCAGCUGGCACCCAUGGUGCUGGCAGGGCUGAGACCAAACUGCACUGCCUCCCUGGCAGCUGAGGUGUCCCCCUCCCAUUCCUUGGGUUACAGCUCCAAGACUUCCAGGAGAAAUGUUCAUCCAAGCACAAAUACCAGCACCGUGGAGGAAGGCUGGGGAGGGGGAAGAUGUCUGGCUGCUCUGCUUGGGGAGGUGGCAGAGGAGGAAGCAAUAGCAAUAAACACGUCGCCUCCUUCACAGGAAGGCACCUGAGAAGAGGUGACAGCAGGGAAGGUGAUCCACAGCUGACAUGGAGCAGGAUGGGGGACGCUGGGCACGCCGAGGCUGUGGGCAUCAGGGGCAUUUUGGGGGCGUUUGGCUUACCCAGGGACAGGAAGCUGGUGGCAUCCCCCCUCGGGGUGUCCAAGUAGAGCAAUAAGUUGUCUUGAGGGCAGCAGAGGCAGUUUGGAUUUGCAGACAACGCUUGUGGCCAGUUUGUUUUUAAAUCCUUGUCACUAAACCCAGCAUAGAAACAAGGGUUUUGGGACUUUUUUGGGGUUUUUUUUUUUAAGACAAAAGCUUGGUUGGGUUUUGAUUUUUGCCUCAAGUGUGCCAAAAGUGUUCUGUGCUCUCGGCGGAGUCUCCCAGCUUGGCCUGUGCUCCUGGAGCUCCUUCCCUGGAGCGUGGGCCAGGUGGGGAGUAACAAGCCUAGGGAUCCCAGGAGGACUUUCCCUCCCACUGGCUGGUCCCAGGAGGUUUGUCAGUUGGGUGUUGGCACUUCUGUUUGGGGGUCAUUUGGUUGAUUCUGCUGGUUUUAAAGGAAAUCUAGAGCAAAGCUCUGGUUGCCCUCCUCAGCCUCAGGAGGAACAAAGUGGGGGGAGAUUUGCUGUGGGGUGGGGAAGGGGCACCCUUGGGCUGCACUUUGGGCUGGUAUUGAGGGAAAGGAGAAGGAAAAAAAAGAGCAAAUAGGCAGCGGGUUCCCCAUUUGGCUUGGCAAAGCCAAGGAUUAGUAAAGAGCAGCAGGACCUUGGGAAAUAACACCAACACAUCAUCCUUGCACUGUUUGUAGCACGUUGCAGUUAAACCUGGGCCAAAAAAUCCCCAGAGCCUAAGAACUGAAGACUUCUGAGAUCCCUUUUCCCCCCUCUCAUGCUGACUUUGUGUUACACACCAGGAGCUGUCUGUCAGCAUUGAGUCAGGCCUCCCAAUGUAAAGGCACUUUGGUUUGGGGGGUCCAGUGAGCUUUGGGGUCCCUGUCCCAGCAGACACCAUCCCACCACUGCCCCAGACACCCUGCACCACCUUAGGAACCACUCCUAAAAUUCUGGCCCGUGUGUGGAAAGGAGAUGUUGGGCUUUCUCCUGGAAGGAAAAGAAACUUUAAAGGUGCGGGAGAAAGCCCCAGGAGUGGAGCAUGGUGGGUCACCCAGUGUUCCCACUGAUGAGCCCUGACACGGGGCAGUUGGGUUUUAAUUCCUUUGCUCAAAUAUUUCAUUCCAGCAAAGCUUUGCUGAUGUUGGUUAAGGAAAAGGGUUUUCCACAGUGAAGGAUCACACCGGGCAGCAGUGAGGGGUUAAAGCAUCCUUAGCAGCCACUGAAGUGUCUGAGAUUAAAAUUCCAGCUAAAGAGGAAGGAAAAAUAACUCUGAACCAUUAACCCAUCCCAGACCUUACCUUUACUUCAAAACACAAGCUGCUGCGAGGUGAGAUGUGGGGAGGAAAUGGGAUUUCAGUGGUGAUGGUGACCCCCAAAGCCCAGCAGCCCCUUGGAGCCUGAGGCCAUCAUGCCUCCAAGUGGCUGAACCCUCCAGGCAAGGAUUUGCUACUGCAUUUUAUGAAUAAUAAAUCACUCCGUUCAGCAUUGUUGCAGUUUUGGGAUGCAAUUCCCAGGAAAUGUUAUUUAAGGGGUUUGUUUUAAUGAGAGGUGUUCAGAGCAUCAGGUUUUCCUCCAGCCACCAGCAUCCCACUGAAUCUGGUCCUUCCCAGAGAGACCCCCCUGACUCUUUGCCAUCCCCUCUGGGAAUGUGGGGAUGAUGUGGUUCCCAGCUGGAGGGCAUGAAAUGGGAUCCUGGUUUUUUGAGCAGGAUGGAAAAAAAUAACAUUUGAGGCUUUAUUUUUGGUAAAAUCCAACCAGCCAACAAUAGCAAUAAGAGCUGCUGGAUACCCAUAAAUCCAGGUGUUUUUGGUUUGGGUUUUUUUUUCUUAAUUGCCAAUACUUUCAGGCCCUCCAACUGUGGUGACCCUCUGCCCAUCUUCCCUUUGCUUUGCUCCUGAGCCAGGAUCAGCCUCCAAAUAUUUUCUCUGCUGUGUGUUAGCAUUCCCUUAGGGGGAAAAAAAAAGGAAAAUAAAGCCUGUGACGGAGCUUGGGAGGGAGGAAAUCCUUGGAAAAGGCAUUUCUGUGGCAUGUUGCACCACGGCACUUGGAGAUUCUCUGGCAAUCAGGUAAAAGAACUUGUGGGAAUGUUUGCAGGGCAGGAACAGCAAAAUCUGUGGUUUGACAGGAGCGAUUCCCGUUUGGAAGCGCUCGGUUGUGCUGCUUGUAGGGAAUAAUCUUGAUGCAACAUGGCCACCUGCAGCCUCCCUGCAUCCUCCUGCAAGAGAUGGAGCUGGGAGAUGGAAUUUUCCAGGGGGAAGAGGGGUUCAGGAUCAGGGGAGGGGUUUGUAGGGAAGCAUGGCAAGGUGCAGGAAUCCACCCAACCCCUCCCAUUCCCACAACACGGCCUCGACCCACACCAGGCUCCCACCCCUCUUUCUGUGUAAUUAAUUUUAAAUUGAUUUUGACCACCAGACCAGCUCGUUUUUAAGUAUUAUUGGACCUCUUAAAUAAAAAUAAAUACCAAAAAAAAUUCCCUGAAAGAACAACAACAACAAAAAAUUUAAACCCAAGAGUAACCACGUCUUCCAAGUCUACAUCUCACAGGUGUGUAGGGAACAUGGCCUUGGACUGAUGCCCUGGAGAGCCCCACAGCCUCAGUUUGUCCAUCUGAAGUGUAAAUUUGGGGUUGUUUUCCCGUUUGUUUUCUGUUCUGGUUUUGGUUCUGAAGAUCAGGUCGUGAUCUCCCUGACAGAUUUCAGCCAAGAGUUUGUAACUGUACGAUAUUUACUGUAAGAUGUAGAACAUUCGAUAACUAUUAAAAUGUUUCCAAAAAAAAUUAAAUAAAUAAAUAAAAGAG